AAAAUAUCAAAACUAUUUUGAAUGAAACCAACAACCUCUUUGGUGUAAUUAACAGAAGAAAGAAUACCUAUGGAUUUCAAAAUGAUAUAAAAAAACGAAACCUACUUAGAAAGUUAUGGAGAAGGCUAUCCUAAAAUUAAAAAUGCUAAUGAUUAUUUUCUCUACCUUCUAAACAUAUAUGGAGAUUUUUAAAAUAUUGAGUUAAAACGUUUUACAAUUUUUGAAGGAGAUUUGCCAUGUGGUUAAAUUGGAUUGCAUUCUUUCUGUAUAGAAAAUUUUACAUGUUAAGCUGAAGUAUUCAUCUAUUAAUCUAGAUUUUUUAUUGGGUAGAUUAAAAUUACUAAGGCAAAGGAAUAGUCACAAGAGCAUGUUAAUUAAUAUAAAAGCAUGCAUUUGAAGUUUUAGGACUAGAUCUUCUAAUUAUUCAUUGCUUAAUAGAAAAUAUUAAGAGUGCAAAUGUUGCUUUAAGAUGUGGAUUCACAUAUGAAGGAAUAUCAAAAUUAGAUAAAAACGAAUAUAAAAAAUUUAUUAAAACAAUAGAAUAAUAUUAAAAAGAAAAUAUUAAUUGA